AAGCUCCUCCACAGGCAUGAACCAAGGCACCCAGACUCCAUCUCGUACCCAGACUCGAACCCAGACUCGAACCCAGACUCCAUCCCAGACUCCAUCCCAGAUUCCAUUCCACAGUCAAAAUCAGAUUGAUCACGGACAUCAUUUUUCCUCCCUCAACCCAAUCGAAAAUGGCAUCGGACAACAGCUCUGAGUCCGAAUCUGACCAAAAUUCCAAGCAUCAACAGUGGCUACAGAUCUGCCAACGGUACAACCUCCAAACUGCCCAGGCAAACUGUCAAGAUGCUGUAGCGGCUCGCCAACGUGCAGAUGCUGUGGUUGAGUACAAAUGCAUGUGCAUUCCCGUGCAAUACAGACAGAGCUACCUCAGCACCCACUUUGAUACCAUUCUCUGCAGAUCUUUGCAAUCACGGUGCAUGGACGCAUGGAGCAUGGGCUCUAGUAGGAGCUCUUCUGAGGACGAAGCUGGGGACAAGACUGGUGACAAUGCCGUGGGAGUGACUGUAGACGAGACUGGUGAAGUCACUGUGGACGUGACUGGGGAAGUGGCUGGGGAAGAGCCUGGAAAUGAUCCAGAGCAACCCAUUGUAGUCUUUGGGGGGUAGAAGGGGCUCCAGAAGCCUUUGGUGGUGAUGUACAGAGUGCCGAAGUCAGGGUGUGGUUGCUGAACUGGAAUCUGUAAUCUCCUGAAGUCACCCUUAAGCCUGGCCCAGUCCCACUGCAGCACUUCAGGACUUCAGGAAAUUAACCCAUCCCGGGGAAGUCUAUGAUGUUGGUGUCUCUGCCUUUGUCUCACAGUAAAAGCACAAUGAUGGGCAUCAUACAUGGAUAGAGAGAAUAAAGAUCUAGAUAUAAACAAUAGAGAGCAAAAAUAAAUUAUCUGCCAAUGUUGACUUGGGGCUUUGGUUGGUUGUGUGUGGCCUCGAACCCUUUCACGCCUUCCUCCUUGUAGCCAUUGUAUUUGGGAAAUGGCUCCACGCCAAGCGCACGUUUUCAUACCUUGUGAUAUUACCGGCAGAGUAGAAUGGGCUACCGGUAGGAGAAAAGAUCAGAAGGAAGAGAAAGGUUGGCUUUCUAGCUUCUCUCUUUGUCCGUCUGUCCGUUUCCUCCCUCUCGAUGACAAAAGCAAAGAAUUGUGGUUUGUCUUCGAAGGGGAGCACCACUGGUGGAGCUUUUCCGCCAUCUCCCUUGAGCGUACGACUGUACCCCUAUGGAAAUAUGACGGGUCUGACCAAACCGACUAGUUACGUAUACCGGU